AUGAGGGGGGGGCGUGGCCGUGGUCGUGGUGGGAAACAGAGGGGUGGUUGGAAUCAGUCUCCUCGUCAAAGAGGCAACUUCGCCAACUAUGAUGUUGCGACUCCAGCACAGAACGUUGCCUUUACACUACUCGACGAAGCCCGACAGUCCUCUCAUCAUGACAACUCGUUCUGGAGCAGUAACACGCAGCUUCGGAAGAGACCCGUCACCUUCGUCAGUUCGGGCACUCACGACCCUUUGCUCGAUCUCCAGAGAGAAACAGAGACUACAAAGGAUGGUCCUCAGAGCACUGCAACGCCCGAAGACUCGAUAGUCAAAGAAACUACACUCCAACAAGAAGCUCCUGUAGAAGCAAUAUCUGAAACGAUAGAUGAAGAACCAUCACUUGUACAAACAAUCCAUGUCGAAGCAGCAACUGAAGAGAAUAUACUUGAAGAAAAAAUACCCGAAGAAGCAAUGUCUGAAGAAAUAACACCUGAAGAACCAAUACUUGAAGGAACAGCACCUAAAGAACCGAUAAUUGAAGAAACGAUAUCUGCAGAGAUAGCACCUAAAGAGAAGACGUCUGAAGAGAAAGCGCCCGAAGAACCAGCACCCGAAGAAGCAAUGUCUCCACACAAGGCAACCGAAGAAGAGAUUAAUGGGGAUCCAGCAUCUCAAGACGACACCUCUAGCGAUGAAGUCAUUGUCUUUAAAGGCCGAAACGCCAUGAAGCCGAAAGAGCAGGCUCCCAGCAUCACACUUACGUCUAUGACAACCGAGAUUCGUGCAGUGGAGAAACAGAUCUCAGUUGCAGUUAGGGGACCUCAACUCCGUACUACACUAGAAGAUGACGAUUCCGACGAUCUGCUAUGGCCAACAAAAAAACGAGGCAAAGCACGCAGCCGACGGAAUCGGGAGAAGGACGAAGAAGACGCUUGGAUCGCCGAUUACAUCGCCAACAUGCGCGAGAAUGGCGAAAUGUUUGAGGGUAUGGGAAUUGAUGACGAUGACGAUUCAGAUAGUGGAUCAACAGAUGGUGACGCUGAAGUUCCUCCAUCGGCACCUUCAGGUCCAGAGAACGCCAAGGAAGUUGAAAUUGAUUCAGAAUCAGAAGAUAUUCCCGACCUCGAAGAUAUUCCCGAUCUUGAUGACGUUGAAGAGCAGGCCGGUUUCGAUUUCAUGGACUGGGAACGGCCGAGCCUGCGACGUAAAAAGGGCAAGGGGAGGCGCCUGCAGUUGCUCGGGGAUGACAUAGAUUCUGACCUUGAGGAGCAACUUCAAUCUGCGUUCAACAAUGAUCGGCUCAAAAAGGCCCAGAGGAAAAAGGAGAGGGAGGAGUUGCGAGCUAUGGGAUUGCUUGGCAAGAAGGGCCAGGUUGACCUGCGAGCGAAAUACUCAACAGGCAUAACCAUGAGUCAAGUUGCAGAGGAAGUGAAAACGUUCCUCCUUGGAUCUCAAGAAACCCUGAAUCUGCCACCAAUGGAUAAACGAACAAGAAAAAUGGUACACGAUUUAGCAAACAAAUUCGAUAUUAAAUCCAAGUCGAUUGGGGCUGGCGAGCAGCGUAGACCAGUCCUUUAUCGAACGAAAAAGACGACAUAUAGGGAAGCCGCUUUUGAGCAGGCCGUCACACGAAUUAAACGGCAAUAUUCACGGCCCUCUCAACCGUCCAAACAAAGUCGACAGAAGCCGUCAGGACGAAAUGAUGCCGGAACUAGCUACCGGGAUGGUGAGGUCAUCGCUAUUGUACAACCGCGAACCCCAUUGACCGUGAAGACAUUGCCCCCAUAA